AUGUCAAAGGAUUGCUCAUUGAAUAGGGCAAAUGUGUACUUGAUUAGAGUUGUAGAUUUUCCAAGUUCUCACACAAUUGGACAAGCAAGGUGCACUAAUUUCAGAGCUCGCAUAUAUAACGAAACCAACUUGGACAGUUCAUUAGCUCAAACAAGGCAAGGUAACUGCCCAAGGACCGCUGGCUCAGGUGACAACAAUUUGGCACCUCUAGACCUCCAAACUCCUACUACUUUCGAGAAUAACUAUUACAAGAACCUUGUCAACCGACGGGGACUGCUGCACUCCGAUCAGCAACUCUUUAACGGUGGAUCGACCGAUUCAAUUGUGAUGACAUACAGCAGCAAUCCAAACACUUUCAAUUCUGAUUUUGUCGCGGCCAUGAUCAAGAUGGGAGAUAUUAAGCCUCUCACUGGAACAAAUGGAGAAAUAAGGAAGAAUUGUAGGAGGAGGAAUUCAAAGCUUUCUACUGCAUGA